AAUCAUAGACUGUUGAUUGAGUCUGUGAUGUUUAUGCUGAGGCUUAUGUUAUUUAUCUUUUCUAAGAUGCUCCACAGCAUCUUGUUCUUAGGGAAUAUUAAUGCUGCACCAUACUACCCAGACGACAUCUUUGCAGAAAAGGAAAUAUAUCUUAAAACCAUGAAAGAUUUCCCACAAUCGUUCGACAAAUACAGAGAAGAUGUGGCUCUGCGGACACCUUUCUCCUACUUCCUCGAAUUGAUUGUUAGAUGUUUCGGUGAAAACAAAGAGCAAGUGAAGGCCAAGCUGUGUGAAAAAUUACAGGGUUGUAAAAAAUCAGGCCCCUUGAUUUCGUCAGUCAUAUGCAUCCGUCAGGUGUCCAAUAGGACAUACUAUGGAGGGUCUCUGACCUGUCCAGGUGAAAUAGAGAGAGAGAUCAUGACUGCUGUGUCCUGCCUGCAUGUUUGGCAUCCCUAUGUUUCAGCUGCUGUUUUGGGUGUGUUUCCUGAAGACACCACUGAGCCCAGGUUUCCAGAUGGUACUAUAAGACUGCCAGCUUCAGUUGAGUGUAGGGCCUAUGACAUAGAGAACCUCAGUGUGGUGAAACCUCCCUGUAGGCGCUGCCAUGAGCUUUAUUCUCUGCCCAAUCCCAGAGGUAGAAGGCAUUACCCUGGCAACUGUGCUGAAACGGAGGCAAUAAGUACACUUCUUAAAAAUGAGGAAAGGGUCAAAAAGAAUGUGAAGAAGGCAAUGAAAUCAGCUGAAAGACAAGCAAAUAACAACGAUUUUUUCUUUCUUCAGUAUAAAACUGAUGUGCAGUAA